AUGCCUAUUUCAAAGAUUGUAGCUCGUUCGAUUUUCGACUCCAGGGGUAAUCCCACUGUAGAAGUUGACUUAACCAUCGACAAUGGACCAGUUUUUCGUGCAGCAGUACCAUCUGGUGCUAGUACUGGUAUCUAUGAAGCAUUAGAACUUCGUGAUAAUGAAAAGUGUAAUUAUCUUGGAAAAGGAGUAAAUACUGCCGUUAACAACAUAAACAACAUCAUUGCACCUGCUCUUAUUAAAGCGGGACUCAUCGUUACUGAACAAAGAGCUAUUGAUGAUAUUAUGUUAAAAUUGGAUGGAACUCCAAACAAAGCUAAGCUUGGUGCCAAUGCUAUUUUAGGAGUUUCAUUAGCUGUAGCUAAGGCUGGCGCUUUCAAGAAAGGCGUUCCUCUUUACAAGCACAUUGCUGAUUUGGCAGGAAACAAAGAAAUUAUUUUGCCCGUUCCAGCUUUCAAUGUUAUCAAUGGUGGUUCUCAUGCAGGAAAUAAGUUGGCUAUGCAAGAAUUCAUGAUUUUGCCUACUGGUGCAAGUUCUUUUACCGAGGCUAUGAAAAUUGGAUCUGAAGUAUACCAUACCCUUAAAAAUGUUAUCAAGGCUAAAUUUGGAUUGGAUGCUACAGCUGUUGGUGAUGAAGGUGGUUUUGCUCCCAAUAUUCUUGAAAACAAAGAAGGUUUGCGUUUAAUUGAAACCGCUAUUGAAAAGGCUGGAUACAAAGGAAAAGUUGAAAUUGGAAUGGAUGUUGCAGCUUCUGAAUUCUAUGUUGAUGGAAAGUACGAUUUGGAUUUCAAAAAUAAGUCUGACAGCAAAGACAAAAGCCAAAUCAUCUCAACUGAAGCUUUAACAGACUUGUACAAAGAAUUCAUUAAGGAGUUCCCAAUGGUUUCAAUUGAAGAUCCAUUUGAUCAAGAUCAUUGGGAAGCAUGGACUACACUUACUGCAUCUACUGACAUCCAGAUUGUUGGGGAUGAUUUAACUGUAACCAAUCCAACACGUAUCGCCGAAGCAGUAGAAAAGAAAGCUUGCAACUGUUUGUUGCUUAAAGUCAACCAAAUUGGUACUGUUACUGAAUCCAUUGAUGCACAUUUGUUAGCUAAGAAGAAUGGUUGGGGUACCAUGGUAUCUCAUCGUUCAGGCGAAACUGAAGAUACAUUCAUUGCUGAUUUAGUUGUUGGAUUGAGUACUGGACAAAUUAAGACUGGAGCUCCUUGCCGUUCUGAACGUCUUGCCAAGUACAACCAAAUACUUCGUAUCGAAGAAGAAUUGGGCAGCUGUGCCAAGUACGCAGGAAAGAAUUUCCGUAACCCACAAGCUGGAAACUAA